UGUCAUAGUAAUUCAGUUAAUGCGAUCCUGUGAUUCAAACACUCCAGAAACAGAAAGAAAAAGGUCAAUUGAUAAGGUAACGGAGAUGGAGGGUAUGAUCAAGUGUUCUGCUAACUACGUUCCUCUUUCUCCAAUCAGCUUUCUCGAGCGUUCUGCGAUUGCUUACAGAGACAGUAUCUCCAUAGUCUAUGGUGAUGUUAAGUACACUUGGAGAGAAACGCACCAGAGGUGCAUCAAGCUCGCUUCUGCUCUUGUUCACCUUGGAAUUAACCGUGGGGACGUGGUAGCUGCAUUAGCCCCAAAUAUUCCGGCAUUGUAUGAGCUACAUUUUGGUGUGCCAAUGGCUGGGGCAGUUCUUUGUACACUUAAUGUACGGCAUGAUUCAGCAAUGGUGUCUGUGUUAUUGAGACAUUCAGAGGCCAAAGUCAUUUUUGUGGACCACCAAUUUCUCCAAAUUGCUCAGGGAGCACUUGAAAUUCUAUCCAAGUUGGGAACCAAGCUGCCCAUGUUUGUCUUAGUUCAGGAGUGUGGUCAGCCAACUCCCAUAUCCUCUUCUGGACACUUGGAAUUUGAAAGUCUUCUAGCAAUGGGAAAACUGGACUUUGAGGUAAGACGACCAAACGAUGAAUGCGACCCUAUAUCACUAAAUUAUACCUCGGGAACCACAUCGAGUCCAAAAGGGGUGAUUUAUAGUCAUAGAGGUGCCUAUUUAAAUUCCCUUGCAGCUGUUCUUCUAAAUGAUAUGGUCUCUAUGCCUAUAUAUUUAUGGUGUGUUCCUAUGUUUCACUGUAAUGGGUGGUGCCUCACCUGGGGUGUUGCUGCUCAAGGAGGCACGCAUGUCUGUCUACGGAGUGUGUCUCCAAAAGGAAUAUUUGAAAAUAUUGCUCGGUACAAGGUGACACACAUGGGUGGUGCACCAACAGUUUUGAACAUGAUAAUAAAUGCACCAGCUAGUGACCAGAAGCCUCUUCCAGGAAAGGUAGCAGUGAUGACAGGUGCCGCACCACCACCCCCUCGGGUACUUUUUGCAAUGGAAGAACUUGGAUUCAAUGUGACGCACUCCUAUGGUUUGACAGAAACUUACGGUCCUGGGACAGUUUGCACAUGGAAACCUGAAUGGACUUCCCUCCCUCGUGAUGUGCAGGCCAAGAUCAAAGCCCGUCAGGGGUUGCAACAUCUUGGGAUAGAGGAAGUUGAUAUAAAAGAUCCAGUUACCAUGAAGAGUGUGCCACCGGAUGCAAAAACCAUUGGUGAAGUUAUGUUCAGAGGCAACACUGUGAUGAAUGGAUAUUUGAAGAACUUGAGAGCUACAGAAGAGGCAUUUAAAGGUGGGUGGUUUAGGAGUGGGGACUUGGGGGUGAAACACCCUGAUGGUUACAUAGAGCUAAAGGACCGAUCGAAGGACAUUAUAAUUUCUGGGGGAGAAAAUAUUAGCACAAUUGAGGUGGAAUCUGUACUGUUUAGUCAUCCAGCUGUUCUUGAAGCAGCUGUUGUUGGAAGUCCUGAUGAUCACUGGGGCGAAACACCUUGUGCGUUUGUGAAGUUGAAGGAUGGAUGUAAUGCCAGUGCACAGGAACUUAUCAAGUAUUGUCGGGAUCACUUGCCCCAUUACAUGGCACCUCGAACUGUUCUCUUUGAAGAUUUGCCGAAAACUUCAACUGGAAAGGUGCAAAAAUAUGUUCUAAGGAAGAAAGCCAGUGCCACGGGCAGCCUUUCAAAACACAAAACUAGCAAACUGUAGAUAUACCCGGUUCUUUUACUCUUUGUAAUUUUAAGUGUGUAUUGAAGAUUGUAUUCUGCAAAGUGUAAAUUGUUGGAACAUGGUAUUGUAAUCGAUAAACGCCAUGUAUAAGAUUAAGUUGACUCCAUUGAUGCAUUAA